GUCUUGCAGGAACACCGGAUUUGCACAAGGCGCGCGCGGGCGUGCGUUGGGGGGUUCGUCGCGGACGUGACAGAAAAAAAAUUUGCAACUCGUCGACGGCGACGGUGUCCAACGAUACAGCGCAGUUUUUUUCUUUUGAUCGAAAAAUUUGAAGCGUCGCGACGACGGAGUUGAGACGCUAAGCGUUCGUGCGUGUAACUUGACUUGGUGGUGAAAAUACGAUGUUUGUUAUGGUCUGACGAGUUGGUGUGAUAAAGUUUUUUUUUUUUUGGUUUUGACUGGUGGACAUUUGGAUUAUUUCAUAUAUUACGAGCGAAAUGGAUAUUUCCGCUGCAGUUUCCUCGUGCCCGUUUCUAUUUUCGUUUCUCCUGCUGAUGACCUCCUCGGUCGACGCUCAGCAGCAGUAUUUCCGGGUGCAGCCGCACGACAUCGUGGUUCAAGAGGGCGGCGAGGCCAUGCUGGAGUGUGAAGUAGCCAAUCUUGCCGGUCAAGUGCAGUGGACGAAGGACGGUUUCGCAUUAGGCUUCCUGUCGGUUAUUCCCGGUUUUCCCAGAUACUCCGUAAUCGGUGACAGGAGGCACGGAGUUUAUAACCUGAGGAUAAGCAACGCGUCUCUCGAGGAUGACGCCGAAUAUCAGUGCCAAGUCGGACCGGCCAGAUUGCACAAGGCCAUCAGAGCGAACGCGAGGCUGAACGUUAUUUCGCCCCCAUCGUCGGUGGAAAUCCUCGACCAUAGACACAACUCAAAAAUCGAAAUCAAGGAGAACCAAGAGUUCCACUUGGAGUGCAGAAUUCGCAACGCUAAGCCAGCCGCUAAAAUAGUUUGGUACCGAGGCAACGUGGAAAUAAACAUACCAAGCCGGGAGGAUCAAGUGAUCGAAAUCCCAGGGAAGAACGGGGACAAACGCAUCACCCGGUACGACACACACUCGCGCAUUUCCUUGAAACCCACCGCAGAAGACGAUUACGCGGAGUACACCUGCGAAGCUAGACACGAAGCCCUUUCGUCAGAUAUCCCCAUAAGGGCGACAGUACAACUAAGCGUCCUGUAUCCACCCGGGUUGCCCUAUAUCGAGGGUUACACCGAGGGGGAAACUAUCAAAAGGGGACAGACGGUCGAGUUGGUGUGCCGAAGCCGAGGCGGCAAUCCGCCCGCUCAGCUCAUCUGGUAUAAGAACGGGGAACAAAUCAGGAUGGCGUAUAGGACUGCAGGAAGGGUGUCGGAGAAUGUAUAUACUUUCACGGCGGACGCCAGCGACAACAAAGCUAGGUAUAAGUGCGAGGCGAGCAACAUCAUGUCGAAGAGUCCAUUGAAGGCCGAAAUCGACAUGACCGUGCUGUUUUCUCCGGCCCACGUGACCAUAUCCGGACCGACAGAAGCCAGGGUAGGCGAUCCGGUGCCCUUAACGUGCACCACUGCCAAUUCAAACCCACCGGCCGAAAUAAAAUGGAUGGUUGCGGGCAGACAAGUGCGAAACGCCACGUCGCGGACCAUAGUGUCGCCGGAAGGCGGAUGGAUCACCACGUCCAACAUAACCGCCGUAGUGGAGCCCAAUAGAAGAAGCCUUGUAGUGAUAUGUCACGGUCUGAACAUGCAGCUCACCGAAAACGUAGUCUCCACGCAUACCAUCAAUGUUUUGUAUCCGCCGAGUCAGCCUUUCAUCCACGGUUACGUGGAAGGUACUUACGUGCCAGCCGGUACGGUUCAGAAGAUUUCUUGCACUUCCUCGGGAGGUAAUCCUUUGGCGACGCUGACGUGGUAUAAAAAUGAUAAAAAGAUACAUUCUACGGUUAAAACGACCGACAAGUCUGUGACCGCCGAAGUGACCAUCUUGACCAACGUCACAGAUAACGAAGCUAGGUACAGGUGCGAGGCAGCCAAUUCGGCCACCGAAAUACCACUUUUCGAGACGUUGACUAUGAGAGUUCACUUUCCGCCGGAGACGUUGAAAAUCCGCCAAGAACCACCCGAAUUGAAGCCGAACGUUGAAGCGACCUUGAUCUGCGACUCGAGCUCAAGCAAUCCUCCCGCCAAACUCUCUUGGUGGAGGGAAGGCAUUCCGGUCGAAGGUUACCAGAACUCGUCGAAACCUGGCCUCCACGGCGGCACCGUCUCCACCAUAGAAAUGAAGAUUAACGUCACGGAAGAAAUGAACGGGGUUGUGUACACUUGUCAAGCCCACAACGAAGCUCUUCAGAGGGCCGUUCACGAUUCCGUAACCCUGCAGGUUUUAUAUAAGCCGGUGUUCGAUAAAAAUAACGAAGACUCCGUGACGGGAAUCGAAAACGAACCGUUGAUCAUUAACUUGAAGGCCGACGGGAAUCCGGAAAACAUCGCUUACACCUGGACUAAGGACGGACUGCCCAUUACGCAGAUGUCUUCGGCCACCGGCUCAGAGAGGAUCGUGUCGGACGGUCCGGUAUUGAAUAUUACGAAGCUGAGUAGGCACGACGCGGGCACGUAUAAUUGUGAGGCUGUAAAUUCCCAGGGCAGCGGCGUGGCUACCGUCAAUAUCACUGUUCAAUAUCCCGCAUCAAUAAUCCAAACCAGCGAGACCGUGGUGUCGAACCCCAAAGAAGACGCGACUCUAUCGUGUACCGCCGACGGUAACCCCCUGGCGGACGACACCAUCACUUGGAAACGGGACGACUUCCCUGACUUCGACGCACGGACGUCCGUCAUGUACGACAAAAACGGUACAUCGUACCUUCGGAUAACGCAGGUGACCAGAGAAGAUUUGGGCAACUUCCAAUGCAUCGCGAACAACGGCGUCGGCAAUUCUUCCGUCAAAGAAGUGAUGCUCAUCGUGAAGCACAAACCAGAGAUCGACAUGCACCCCGCCCUGCUGAAGUUCGCCAGCGACGCUGGAGAUACCGGAAAAAUGAUUUGCCGGAGCCAGGCGUCUCCGUUAGCGAGGUACACGUGGGCGAGGAACGGCAAUCCGAUCAGUCCGAACACCACCGGAAAAUAUUACACCACCUACCGACAAAUCGAUCAACUGAUGUCGGAAUCUGUGCUCUACAUUUCUCACGUGACCUCGGCCGAUUACGGCAACUACGAGUGCCUGGCCAGGAACGAGCUCGGCUUUUCGACGAUAUCGCCGAGGUUGGAAGUGACAUCGGCGCCGGACCCGCCCUCUUCUUUGGUCGUUGCGAACGUCUCGCACGAUUCUGUGACCUUGAGUUGGACGCCCGGCUUUGACGGUGGUAUGACACCCUCUUACAGGCUGAGGUAUAGACAGGUCGACGAAGACGGGUACAAGUACGACGACGUACUGCCCCACAACGUUACGACGUACGUCAUCAAGGGGCUGGAGUCCAACUCCAAAUACGUUUUUUCCAUCAUGGCAUCUAACAAGUUGGGCAACAGUAAAUACUUGCCCGAUUUGUUGUCGGCGAAAACUUCGAACAAAGUGCCUCCUUCAUAUUCCUCGCCGAGUUCGGACGAAAGAAACUUGAAAAGCUUCCCCGGCUUCCUGAUAAUCAUCGGCACGGUAGUAGGAUCCCUCCUAAUACUCACGAACGUUCUCCUUAUCGGUUGCUGCUUGCAUAGGAGAUCGAAGAAACGUGUCGCAGGAGUUAUUUUGUUGUUGAUCAAUAUCGCCGUCGUCGCCGGAUGCAUGUUUAAGCGCCGCGCUAAGAGGAUCAGAGAACAAAAUAACCAAACAAGCAAAUCCGCAACAAUAGAGAUGUACGCCCCGAGCAGCUACAACGAUACGAUGACGGGCGAGACCCUGUCGUCGGUUAGCGAGAAAAGCGAGACGUACAGUAAUGAGGGCAGCAACAAUGACUACGUGCAGGACGACAGUCGCAGCAAGACCGUGGCGAACUCGUACUUAAUCGAGCAACCCCCGCCAGUUGAUUAUCCCCCAGGUGCGUAUCCAGUAUACGAGAUGCAAAUGGGACCGGUUUCUAUGGCCCACAAGACUCACACGUUGCCCCAUCCCCACCACCAUCACCAUCAUAUGCAUGACCAGAGACCGAGGGCCAGGGAUGAUCAGAGUUUGGGCUAUCACAGCCAGAGCACGGGCAUGUCAGCCAAAUCGUCUUACGUGAGCGCACCCACCCCUACCCCGCCAACAGAUGGUAGUUACUACAACGUAUCGGACCGUUACCUGUCGUACCCUCCGCCCUUAGACUUUCAAAGCCCGCCGCCUAUACCGGCCCACCCGCAUAUAACCCACACCGUCACCCCCGCGACGCCCCCGCUGCCAUCGAACGGGUCGCUCUUGCGCCACCAGAGGGCGCACGUGCCCCCACCGGACGUGUUGCACAACACGAACCAAAACGUUCAAAUCCUACAGGCGCAGACGUUGGCGCAAAAGAGGGAACUGACCAGUUUCGGUAACGGUUACGGUGUUAACGAACAGGAAGGUCACCUGGUGUGAGAUCCGGACGAUAUCUUGUAUGUUUUGUAAAAAAAUAUAAUAAGUAUUCGGACUCGAUAUUUGUGGCUCAAUUUGUGUUAUAUGAAUGUGAUUUUUACUGUUGCGGAAUCUAUGCGCCUCGCAUUUUGGCAUUCGUAAAAUAUAAAUAUUAGCUCGACUAUCGGUGGUCGUGGAAGUAACCAAACCUUCACGUUACCUGGAUCAGUGUUAAAAAGUCAGGGUUAAGUAUUAUCCACACGCACUUUUUGAGGAAUAUUUGUUUAUACAGACACCUAAAUCAAACGUAAACCGCAAAUACUGUUGAUUCAGUCAUAAACGUUACUGAUGACAAAAAUUCUAAUAUUUUGUACCGGGGCGUCGAUAAAGACGUUACUACUUUAGAUUCGCGGCUUAAGAUUGCUAAGUAAGAGUUAAACUUAAUUCGUUUUUUUAAAAAAAACGAUAACCUGAUUUUUCUAUCAAUUAUAUUUGUCCUAGAAAUUGGCAAAAUAUUUUAUUAGCACCCAGUAUUUAUGAAAUGAAUUUUCUUUGAAUGUGCAGCACUGGAUCCGGCCCUGAUGCUAAAGUGCUAGAUUAUUGCGCUGAGCUGUUGAGCAAAACGAGCCUGGUGUGUACGAACCCAAAAUGUGAGUCAUGUUUUCACCAAUGGUGACGCUUGCCUAUAACCUAGACUUUUCGAAUUUGUUGAUUUAUUUUCCGGGCGGAACUCCGGGUGAAAGCAACGUGGACGUUUUAAAGCUUAUCUUACCCAGUAUGUGUUUCAUUUAAUGGCCGUUUUGUAUGGCCGUGACGACUAAUUUUCUGAUAUAUAGGAUAAUCUGUAUAAACGAUACUAAAUUAUCUAAGAAUGUGAUCACUAGAUAGUAACCGAUGGUACGUCGUUAAACAAAAUAAGUUAAUUUAACUGCCUAAUUUGUUCUUGUAUAUAAAAGUUUUGUACAUACAUUACGAACUCAGCGUUGAAUUUUUUAGUUUUAAGGGUUUUUAAAAAUUAAAAUUGUUGAUUUACUAGUCCAAUGGAACAGCCAAAGUUAAUUUCAAGUCCCUCGUAGAAACGCGUUUUUUUUUAUCCCCAGUUCAGAUUGCUUUUUACGUUCUGUCCCAAUAAGUUAAGUUCAAAAGUACUUAUUUUCGUUUAGGAUCUUGUUUAUUUUGUACAUGUACUGCUGUUUUAUAUUAAGAAUAAAUGUUUUAUUUUAUUUCUUUUGCUUUGUAAUUUAUUUAUGGUUCAGUUCUAUCAGUUGGUAAGUAUAUAUUGUUUUGUUCGUAUUAUUUUUGGUUGAAUCGGGAAAAUAGGGUACUAUUAUUACAACUAGAACCUAUAUGGUUAUCUUACGUCAUACAUCCGGUAGUACUAGUGCCAAAUAGUCGUUAGAACAAUCGCAAUCAUAAUACUUUGGUUCGAGCUUAUCCGACUUGAAAUGUACAUACUGUAACAUCAAUUAUAAUGAGUAUGUGAAACUAUACCUUCCAUUUUUGCCAAAUGUACGAUUAUGAAAACUUUGUUAUAACUGUAAUCAGAUGUAAAAAGUGCCUUUAAGAUUAUUAACAAUCUGCCAAAAAAACAUUGUAAAUAGGUUUUAGCUAAUACUCAAUACCUUCGUUUCCUGGCGAGACUGACUGAUUUGGACACGGGUUUGCGAAACCUGCCCCAAAUCCAAAAAAAGACAAACGAAACCCCCGAAACAGAAAGUGAAUUUGUUAAAACAUUUACAUAAUUUUAAAACGUUAACAGAUUAUUGUAAAUAUUUCAUUACGAUAUAAAGUUAUAUUACGGUGUCUAAGAUAUUAAAUGAAAUAAGGGCUCGGCUGUAAAGGGAAGACGCGUCGGCCGACAAAUAUUUUUUUGCGGUCAAAUUUGAAAAGGAAGGUUUUCGUCGGUUUAUACGGGUUUCUUUUCGAAGCCGCUCGUUCUAAUUGUUAUAUUGACAAGUAAUAAAGAAUGAAUGCUCAGUGUAAAAAACUGUUAACAUGUCCAGUCAAUAAAAAAAUUGUAUGUAUGUUCAUCUUCAUAUUGUAUAUUGUUACG